AUGUGUCGCACUGUAGGACACAGUGCAGUCAACUGUGAAUCGUUCACUCAUAUCGGCGUGGCGAUCCGCCACGCUACCGCCCUCGAUAAACGCACCAAGCGCAAGUCCCGGCGUGGCACCAAGGGGGCCAAGAAGAAGGGAAGUUUGAGAAGAACCUUGGAAGAUACAUAUGUACAUGUUCUUUCGUCAACAUCCAUGGAUCCAUGGGGUCUGUGGUUGACUCUCGGCACGGCCCGCGAAGCUCCAUCCUUGAAGUCCCCACCUGGGUAG